AUGUUCCUUCUUGCUGUGCUGCUCUGGGGACUAACUGAGGGGCUGCGGGCAGGCAAGGAUCCAAUUGCAAAAUUCCAACAGACAACAGUCCCUGAGAAGAUUUCAUCACCAGAAGCAGAAACAGAGCCUGAACAUCAUGUUGCUUAUCAUAUUAAAAUAGCAGGAAAACCAUAUUUUGUCCAUCUUAAACAGCAAUCAUUUCUAUCCCCAACUUCCGUUGUUUAUUCUUAUGACAAAAAUGGCAUCCAGCGUUCUCAAACUUUGUCACCUCAGAAGAAUUGCAGUUAUAAUGGAUAUGUUGCAGGUUAUACAAAUUCUUUUGUGACACUCAACAUUUGUUCAGGACUCAGGGGAACAAUUCAAUUUAAAAAUGUCUGCUAUGGAAUCGAACCCAUGGAAGCUGUAUCAGGAUUUGUGCACAUUGUUUAUGAGAACAGCAAUGGUAAUGCUCAUAUUCCUGUCUUGGGAGAAAAUGACACUUAUGCCUGGUUUAGUGAGUCACAGUAUCAACUUAGAAACAGUCUAAAUAAAUUUGAAUUUACCAAGUUAUUUCCACAGUAUAUAGAGAUGGAUAUUGUUGUGGAUAAGAAUCUGUUUGAUUACAUGGGCUCCGACACAAAGGCUGUGACACAGAAGGUUGUUCAGAUGAUUGGCCUUGUUAACACUAUGCUAACUCAGUUAAAACUGACUGUUGUAAUUUCUUCUAUUGACAUCUGGUCAAAUAAAAACAAAAUUUCUACCACAGGGCACCCAGAUCAUGUGUUAAUUAGGUUCUUAAAUUGGAAGCACAGCGAUUCUAACUAUAAGCCACAUCAUAUUUCUUACUUACUUGUUUUUGAUAAACAUCCUGCCUCUUUCGGAGCCACAUUUCCAGGGGAAAUAUGCAAUCAAAACUAUGAUGCAGGUGUUGCUCUGUACCCAGAAGGGUUAUCCCUGGUGUCCUACGCUGUCAUCCUUGUGCAGAUGCUGGGCCUCAGUCUGGGUUUAAUUUAUGACGAUGCUGACACCUGCUAUUGCUCUGGAGAUGUCUGCUUGAUGACACCAAAGGCAGUGCAUUCUGGGGGGAUCAAGGAAUUUAGCAUAUGUAGCGUGGAUGACUUUAAAUCCAUUGCAUCAUAUAAUGGCCUUAAGUGUCUUCAGAAAGAUCCUUUUGAAAUGAGAAGCAGACCUCCACCAGUAAGGAGAAUUUGUGGCAAUGGACUACUAGAAGGUAAUGAAGAAUGUGAUUGUGGCACUGUGAAGAAUUGUACACACAAGUUAUGCUGUGACCCUACACAAUGUAGAUUAAAACAUAAAGCACAAUGUGGAUCUGGAGAAUGCUGUUCAAAAAAUUGUGAGGUCAAACCAGUGAAUACACUUUGUAGGCCAUCAGCUGAUGAGUGCGAUUUUGUGGAAUAUUGCAAUGGGGUUAACCCCUACUGUGUGGCCGACACUUACUCGCGCAAUGGACAGCCUUGUGACUCUGGUGGGGCAUACUGUUAUUUUGGACGUUGUCGGACUUUUGACAAACAGUGUCAAAGUUUAGUUGGAGGUGAGUCUAGAGGAGCUUCCUUUCCCUGUUUUGAAGAAAUGAACUCCAGAACAGAUCGAUUUGGAAACUGUAUUGGGAGCUAUUGUACUUUUGAACGGCUUCUAUGUGGAAAGUUAGUCUGUACAUGGCCACAUAAAAAGUUAGUGUCCCGUCCCAACUUGUCUGUGGUCUAUUCACAUGUAAGAGAUGAAACAUGUAUAUCUAUGCAUAAAAACAGUGAUAGCAAACUUCCCAACCAACAGACGACAUAUGAUACCCAUGAAGACAGAGAUGAAACAUUUGUGGAAGAUGGCACUAUCUGUGGUCCUGAUAUGUAUUGUCACAGAACAUUUUGUAAAGAAAUUAGACAUGAAAUAGAUUAUUCAAAGUGUAAUAAUACGAGAGACUGCAAUGACCAUGGGAUUUGCAAUAAUUUUCAACAUUGUCAUUGUGAUAAAGGUUUUCUCCCUCCUAAUUGUGAGCCAAAACCAGGAGAGUUUGGAAGUAUUGAUGAUGGACACAAGAUAAAAGAAGGUAAAAGCUCUUGGAGGGAAAGACAUGCUCCUCUUACAGAACACCGAUUGCUACUCAUUUUAUUCAUUGCUAUACCUGUGGCUAUCAUCAUUAUUUUUGCCUUAAUAGAGCAAAAUAAAAUAAGAGAGCUGUGCUACAGAGGUGAAAGUGAAAAGGAGAAGCAGGAGACACUAAGAUCUAUCAGAAAGGUGGGAGUCUGCCAGAAUCCCACUGAGGAGCUUGCAGACCCGGACCUUGACCAGAGCAGCAAGACCAGCACUGAUAUACAAGCCUGCUUGGUGCCCAGCCGCAGGAGCAGAGAUGAAAUGGGAUUUUCAAACCUCAUCAGCUUCCUUGCAAAGUCAAGAAAUCUGAAGGCAAGACAGCCAGAUAAAGGUGGGGUGAGCUGA